CUCCUCCUCCUUCCUUCACUUUCCUUACAAGGCUGACGGCGAGAAGCUUCCCGCCCUCCGAAAAAGAGCGGAGCGAAGGCUGGUAGCGGACGGCGGUGUAGGCGGAGAGGAGCCCGCUGCAGCGGCGGGCUUUCCGAGCCAGGAGUCGUCCUGGCGCAGUCCUGGCCGAAGGGGGCAAGGUAGCCAAAAAGAGUCUCUAUGGGAGGAGAAGCUGUGAAUUGUGAUCCCAAUGAAUCAUUCUGAAUUGCUCUCAAGGUAUCUCACCAAGGCAUUCCUCAUGACAGAUCCACCCUGCAUGUUUGAGAGAAGGGAGAGGUGAUGAAGAUGGAAAUGCUGCGCCGCUCUUCUGUCUUCGCUGCAGAGGUGAUGGAAGUGUUUGACCGGACCCCCACUGACAAGGAGCUUGUGUCUCAGGCCAAGGUGCUCUGCAGAGACUAUAUCCACUCCAGGCUGAUUCGGGCUGGCAUUGGCUGGAACAAGCCUGAGCACAGUGUGCCUGUUCCCGGUGGCAAAUUAGCAGAAGUGUCCAGCAUACUUCUUAGAUUAGGUGAUGAGUUGGAGUACAUUCGACCCAACCUUUAUCGGAACGUUGCGCGGCAACUAAACAUCUCCUUACACUCAGAAACGGUGGUGACAGAUGCCUUCUUAGCAGUGGCAACACAGAUCUUUUCCUCAGGUAUAACAUGGGGUAAGGUUGUAUCUCUCUAUGCUGUGGCAGCGGGCCUUGCUGUGGACUGUGUGAGACAUGCCCAGCCAGCCAUGGUCCAUACCAUUGUGGAUUGCUUGGGUGAAUUUGUACGCAAGACCUUGGUGACGUGGAUGAAGAGGAGAGGAGGCUGGACUGACAUAACAAAAUGCGUGGUGAAUACUGAUCCCAACCUUCGGUCCCAUUGGCUUGUGGCUGCCAUUUGUAGCUUUGGUCACUUCCUAAAGGCCAUCUUCUUUGUGCUGUUACCCGAAAGAUGAUGUUCAGUGGCCCAGUGAAGCCCCUUCUUUUUCUCAAGGACACAGCUUACACAGAGAAGGGGAAGAAAUCAGAGGAAGAGAGGCCAUCAAAUUUAGAUCCCACUCUUCUGGCUUCCCUAUCUGCCUCAUUGAGAAGACUCUUUUCUUCCACAAUGGGAAAACAUUUCUUCAGCUCACUUCCUGCAGCCAGCACCCUUUGCACUUUGAGAGUGCCUUUGGAUUGCAUUCACAAGUUUGGAAGACUUGCAGGCUUGCUGAUUAGUUAUUUAUUUGUUUUCUCUUCUACAAGUUGUUUCAUUUUUAUGCAUGUAAAAAAGAAAAGUAUGCAAUCAUAGUUGGAGCUGCUGUUGAAAGAAAAAAGACUCCAUUUCUACUGUAUCAACUGCUUCAUUUUCAGAUUGUCACAUCCUUCACUAAACCUUAUUCCUCAAACCCUUGAUUAAUGAGGUAACAUGGAAAGUUUCUCUAAUAGGAUGACAUUUUUAUGAUUACCUUAAGUGACAGAAUCGCCAUAACUGCUUUCUAAGGGGAGUGGGACAGGCACAAAUAAGAGAUCUGUCUACCACAUUUUACUGUUUUCUUACCUAGGAUGGGGAGAAUCCAGGACAUAGAAUUUGGAAUCCAGUAAAAAUCUCUGAAAGGAACAAGUAGUUAAGGUGAGAUACUAGAGAUCCCAUUAGCAAAAUGUAUCCAUGAGGCAAAUACAAAGAGCUACCAGUGGGUUGUAUCCUCUACAGUGCAGUUACCCUGUACACAAAGUGUGACUUUUACUUCUGUUGUGGUAAUAAAAUGCUGAUUGAAUAUUU